CGAUCAAGAGAGGACAAAGCAAAACAUAUGGAUUUUCAAGAAAAAGACAAUGCAGCCAGGAUUUUACUUUGGCAAUGUAGUAGUCAAAGCCAAGAGGUCUCUGGAAGUCAGUGACUUGAUUAGAGCAGAGCUUCACAAACGGAAAGUGGCCUUGGGCUUGGCAGAAGUCAGUACUGAAAUUCUUCAACGGGAACAGGCUAGUCUCACAUGGAACGUUACUAAGCUGGGAAAAUGGCGGCGUUGAGACACCGUUUUUGAUCAAAUGAUUCCAUGAUUUGAACUCUAACACAUGUACCAGCCACUUCUUCGACCCAAAGACGCCAUGGUGCCAUCAACGAUAUCUCAACCUGGUGUACUGGUGAUUUUGUUAGCUUUCGUCGUUUUACACAGGGGCUUGGCCCUUAAUAUCGUUGGCAAACCAGCAAGUCAGAGCACAACCUUCGAGAACAAUGCUGAUGCGCAGCCAGGUUUGGCGGUGGACGGAGAUCGAACCACCACUUCUCACACAGAGUGCUCCGGAUACCAGUGGUGGAAAGUGGACCUCGAGGCGACUUAUUGCUUGACGACGAUCACUAUUGCGAACAGGGCAGACUACCACAGGAGACGAUUGCAAGGUGCGGUAGUACGAGCUGGUUUGAAUUCAGAUCAUACACAAAACACACAGAUAGGAUCUGCAGUUACUAAUUAUCAAGCUGUCAACGUAUUAGAGAUUGGUUUCGGGACGAACCCUUCUGUCGCCGCUCAGUAUGUUAGUGUGGAACUAACCGGGAACUGCCUCCACAUGGCUGAAGUAAUGGUCACUACUGAAACAAGCCCGGUCACAGCUGGUACUGUUUCCCCAGUGACACAAUCAGCUGCGACUCCAACGAGUGUUACCGUCAGCUGGUCUCCAGUAUCCUGUGCGGUUCAUUACAAUGUGAUGUAUGCACUGACAAAUAAAGAUGGCUGCGAACAGAUCAACUCACCAAUGUACAGGCAGCACUGCAUGUGUCAAGGAAGCCAGACAACCAUCAGUGGCCUGCUGUCAAAUUCUCAGUAUAUUGUCAAAGUCAAAGCCUCCGUCAAUGGUGCUUACGGACCGGAAGCACAAAAAUGGAUCACUACUGACCCCGUGGCACCGAGAGCACAGCCAACUACGGUUGAAGUUUCAUCCGUUGGUCAACGAAACCUGACAUUCACUUGGAACCCACUACUGUGUAGAAACCGAGGCGGUGUCAUCACAGGAUACAAAUACAUGCUAAUUAACCUGAAUUCUAGAACAAACAUCACUGGUACUGUGACUGGGGAAGAAGUCGUAUUCGAUCAACUCAUUCCAUUCACUUCAUACAGUUUCCAGGUUGCCGCAACCAACGCUGCUGAGACAGGCCCAUACAGCGAUGCAGUAAACACAAGAACAGAGCAAGCAGAGCCAACAGUUCCCUUAAACGUUCAAAUCCAGUCAGUGGACAACAUCUCAGUCAUUCUUGAAUGGUCGGAGCCUGACCCUCCAAAUGGAGUUAUCACACACUAUAAUGUUCGCUAUUGGAGGAUUGAAGAAAGCGACAACGUAAAGAGUGACGUUAACGUGACGGAACUGACACAUCGAGUAACAGAUCUCCAAGCGAGUGCAACAUACCAAUUUCAGGUGCAAGCCACGACAUCAGCUGGUGCUGGCCCUUGGAGUGAGGCUAUCAACGCAACGACAGCAAUCGGAGUUCCUGGACCAAUACGAAACCUCACUUAUACGGAGAGAACAGAAACGUCGGUCUCCUUGUCGUGGAAGCCACCCCUUAAGCCUGGAGGAAUCAUCACUGCUUACAUAGUGGCGUACCGGUUCUUGGAGAGGCAUUCUCAACCGGAACUAACGGCAGAAGACACAUAUCACAGAAAUGAAGCUCAGAAUUCAAGCUUCCUUCAAGACAAACUCAUUCCUGGCACGAAAUAUGAGUUCAGGGUCUCAGCGAGGAAUGAAAUGUUCAACGGAACUUACGACCAAGUCUUGGAUGUGUAUACUAAGCCGGUGACAGACUUGCCUCCUCCGACACCACCCGAAACGUAUCCAAACGAAAACACGGAUACUACUGUAACCAUUGGUCUUGCGACACUUGUCUCUCACGAUACGGAUGUCAGUUCAUACGUGGUUCACAUCAAGAAGACCUCUCCAUCCAAAGCUAAGAGGGAGGCUUUGAAUGUAACGCACUACGAGGACUCACCUGAUGACUAUAUAGCAGCAGAGAUAUCCAAACAAAACUUAAGCGAGAAGUUUAUAGUAGGAGACAAUCAAACCUAUGGAAUGUACAGGAAUGCACCGCUGCAGACAGGUGCAAGUUACGAAAUUCGAGUUGGGUCUGUCAGUCGAGGGAAUGAAAACGAGAUCUUUGUGAGCUAUUCUCAGCCGAUAAGUGUAACAGUCAGAAACAAACAGCAGUCUCCGAGCCCAUCAACAACGGCGCCUCCAUCUUCCGCCGUAGUUCCUGCUGUCGUAGCCGUCCUCGUAAUAGUGGCUAUAGGCUUGCUCAUCACGAUAGUGGUUUAUAAACGGAGACGAUCUCAGCAAGCUAAGAAGCUGACAGAUAUUGAUGGAAAACAGCAGCCAGCAAAUAUUUACCUGAAAACUAAAGGGCUCACCUCAGACGAACUUGAGCGACCGGAAGAAUCUUCAUCUCAUCCCCACAUCAAUGUCAUCAAAGUGGUUGUGACUCCCCAAUCGUCCUGCACAAAGAAGCCUAAACCUUCGCCCAAGCCACGACAAAAGCAGACCAACUCGUCCCCAACAACCCCUGCCCUGGUGGAACCCAAGCCAUUCACUUCGCUUCCACCCGUUCGUAUCAAGGACCUGGCGGAAUACAUUCGCUCGCAAGAGUCUAAAAGUGAAAAGGGUUUCGAGGCUGACUACAAGAGUCUUCCAGAUUCACAGUUACAUCCAUGGACAGUUGCCUCCAAACCAGAAAACAGACAGAAGAAUCGUUAUGUAAACGUCGUUGCUUAUGAUUACUCCCGCAUCGUGUUGGAACCCUUAGAGGGUGAUCCUCACUCAGACUACAUCAAUGCUUGCUACAUCGAUGGGUACAAAAAGGAGAACAAGUACAUAGCCAGCCAAGGACCUAAUAAAGCGUCACUUCGAGACAUAUGGAGAAUGGUGUGGCAGUUGGAUGUAGAUAAAAUUGUCAUGCUGACAAAUCCGGUGGAGAACGGCAAGGUAAAGUGCAUGAGGUAUUGGGCUGAUACUGGAACUGCAUCCUACGCUGACAUUGUUGUAACCACUGACAAGGAGGAAGUCUUCCUGGAUUACACCAUUCGUGAUUUCAGCAUUCAUCAGGUUGGCAUUAAGGAUCGGAGAUUCGUACGUCAGUUUCACUACACCACCUGGCCCGAUAUGAAACCACCAGAAUACCCAACCCCGUUGCUCAACUUUAUGCGUGUUGUCAACGCUGAGAAAAACCCUGGACGCACCGUCAUACACUGCAGCGCUGGAGUUGGGCGCACGGGGACCUACAUCGCAUUGGAUGCGAUGUUGGAGCAAAUGGCGCAGGAGGAACAAGUGGACGUUCUUGGCUUCAUCUACCAAAUGAGGCAGAAACGCAUCAAGAUGGUGCAGACACCGGAGCAAUACAAGUUUAUCUUCGAUGCUCUCCUUGCAUCAUCUCUAACUGGUGAUACAACCUACAAUGCGGAUGACUUUAGACAGAAGUUGUCUUUGCUCAAGAAGGUAGAAGGACCCGCUAAGGAAACAGGAAUGUCAAGACAGUUUGAGACAUUGGGUAAACUGAGCGUGUCUCCUUACGGUGGCAGAAGGAGGUCAAAGGCCGCACUGACCUCUGAGAACGUGGACAAGAACAGGUUCCGUGACUUGGUUCCAACCGAUCGAGCCAGACCCUACUUGAUGACAAGACUAUGUGACGACGACAGCGAUUACAUCAAUGCCAAUUUCCUCCCUGGCUACUGCAAGAAGAACAGGUACAUCGGGACACAGAUGCCAAUGCCCAACACGGUGGCCGACUUCUGGCGCAUGGUUUACGACCACAAAGCGACCACCAUAGUCAUGCUGAACACCCUGGUUCCCGAAGACAAAACAAUGUCUUGCUACUGGCCACAAGAAGGACAAAUUGACUUUGGACCUCUUGUCAUUGAGCUGAAUGAAACAACAGAGUAUAAAGGUGUAACGGGACGCGCAUUCACUCUCAAGAUGAAGGAUUCCGAUCUCGAGUCUGAAGACUCGUGGGUCGUCACACAGUUCCAGUAUCACGACUGGCCGUCUGACAUGGCAGUACCAAGCUCCUUCGAUGGAAUGCUGACCCUCUUGGAACUAACUCAAGGUUGUCAUGAAGAUAUGAAACCCAUCGUAGUUCAUUGCAACGAUGGAUAUGGCGCCACAUCUGUGUACUGCGCCCUGAUGGCGAUGCUGGAUCAGUUCAAGUUCGAGAAGGCUGUAGAUGUGUUCCAAGCAGCGCACCGUCUGCGCAUGGCCAACAACAGCAUGAUGUACUCUGAGCAUCACUAUGCAAUGUGCUACGAUGUGUUCCAAGCUCACCUGAACUCGGCCACCAUCUAUGAGAACUACGCACCGUAAAGGACGGAAAAAUGGUCCGCCGCAGUGUUAUCGUUAAACCAUUCCGAGCUGCAUCUUCAAUAGCUGAAAGAAAUUCUUUUCAGGGUACUCCAUCAAUGAAUCUAUCACAGAGACCCUAGUAUUUUUAAUCGUUUUAUUUUACAAACUUGACUUGUUAACGCAGCUGUUAACGUAUCUUUUAGAAGAAGCAUUGUCUUCAAUAUAGUAUCAUGGAGUUAGGUUGGCGCAGUGUUCCACCUCUGGGGGCCUGGAUUCGAAUCCAGCUCAGUCCACAUGUGGAAUGGGUUUUCAGUCCCUACCGGAGUCCAUGGGUUUCCCAAGAAACAUUUAUCCGGGGUUUCCCUCCCAUCUCUAAAACUGAACAUUUUUCUCGUCUUCUUCACUCUUUAUCGUCCUGUAACUGGCACUAAAUGUGCUCUUGGAUGAUCAGAAAUAAAUAAAUAAAUAAAGACAAUCAAUAUAAGGUAGUGCGCCCACUGACACAGCUCAUUUCAUGAUAACGUACUAGACCAAGUUAAACCCAAAAAGCAGCUACUAUGCAUACUACACAAGGCAAUAUAUCAUAGUACUCGUGUGGUUUAUUUGAUUAAUAAAUUCCAUGACAAAGGCCUUCCAUGGUAAACAUGACCGCAGUCAAUUUAAGAUUGGAGUGAAAUCCACCAUUCCGCAAAUUUCACUUUGUCAGAGUCGAAGUCAUUCCCAUUGAAGUUGUUACCGUUUUUACAGUCAAAUUGUCCAGACUGAGUUGACAUUGACUUUGAAUUAGCAACAAAUACCACGUUCUUUCUAAAACCGAUGUAAAAACAAUGUUUGCAGUCAUGUUUCCUUAACGAAGCUCAGCACACGAUGUUGAGAUAUGCUGUAUAUAGGCUAAAAUAAAAAGAAAUUUGACUACAUGCCUAAUAAUUUUGUUUGGUGGCCAAACAUAGAGAAACCACCUUUUUCCCUUCUUCUAACAUACGUCAAAAUGUUCUUUUAAAUUCUGUCGAGGGCGGAUCUGGGGGGGCCAACCACGAUUAAAGCCCCCCCCCCCAAAAAAAGGUCUUGCUGAAAAAUGAAAGACGGGCGCAUUUUCUGGUGUAGUUUGUUUUGACUUCCAUCCAAAAAGCCCUAAAAACCGGUACCAGAGAGGCUUCAACACGAUACAUACAAAAUUGAUCAAAUUUUGCCUUUCCCAAAGAACAAUUCCCCUCCCCUACGAAAAUGUUAUUCCUUAUAUUCUGAUAUUGCAUAUAUAAAUGUGUUUCCCUCAAAUCACAAUGUUUCUAAUCUACUUAGAUAUGGAAUAUAAAUGACGCAUAAACAGUUUUAUCAUCAAUUAGUGUACCCGGAGCAUGUUGUUACUCAUUUACGAUAGAAAAAAAACGAGCAAGCAAUGAGACCGUACGUUAUUUCUUCUAAUUAAUCAAGCUAAAGAUUAAAACGAUUAGAAUCAAACUUACGGGGUCGGAUGAUCCAAUCAACUCAAGAUUUAAAGUUGUUUUUUUUUUUAUUUGCUUCAUAUUUAAGAAUUUUAUAUUGAUGUUGAAAGCUUAUGUUAAUUUAGAACACAUUAUACUCCUUACAUGCAACUGAUGUAUAUACAUGUACUUGAAAAUGUUUCUACCAAUCUAAAAGUAAAAUUUUCAUUUAUUUUUAUAUUAGUCAUGUUGGUCGGGGUAGCCGUAGGCCUAUGUUUGUUUCGAUUUGGCAUUUUUCAACGAUAGUCAAAUUGUAUAUUGAAACAGUUUCUGCUAUUUUCACGCUGUGCAGAUGUCAUGUUUCUCUUGGGGCAAGUCUUAACUUUGAUAAACGUAAAAGGCAUCAAAAACACUUACACAACAUUCUAAAAAGUGUACUGGGCAAUUAAACCCAAUCGAUAACUUUGUCAUCGUGUUCAAAAGUUAAACAUUGUCCCCAAAACAAAAAGUCAACGUUAAAUGCCUAACACUAUCAAUAAUCUUAACACUUGUACGAAUUUAUCGUAUUUACAUAUUACAUCUCUUGGCAGUUUAGAAAAGUGUUUAUUUGCUAAAUACAGUUGCUGCAGUGAACUAAAGACCAAAGCUGCUUGCGAAACAGUGAAUGACUAAAACGGUCGACAUGUGACUGACAACUUUAACAGCAACUUCAUCGUUGCAGCCGAAGAGAGUUGGCCUCUGCGUGUCCUCUUACUCAUCUGCUGUAGCUUGACAUUUUCUUCGCCAUUUAUACAUAUUUUAAUUUUACUCAGAGCGUCAGAGAAAAAAGCCCUGUCAGAUUGAGCUUUAUUGCUAAAGAGGGCACUCAGAAAAUUGUAAACGGUAAUUAGGUACAUGAAAUAGUUAAAUGCUGCGAAUGAUAUCAUUAUACUCAGAUUAGAUCUGAUUUAAUUCACCUUUAGCUAAUUAAGGAAGACAGUUUAAUCACAUGGUAUUUAAAUCAAACCAACAAGAGAUUUUUAUUUGUCUGAAUGGAAUUGUAGGUGUCAAAUUGAUAGCACGAUUUUAGAGUCUAUAGUGAUUUAUUCCUUGCUGUUUUGUUACCUUUACAAAUCUCUUUCGUGUAGUAUUUCUUUUAAAUGGUGAGUGAAAAUUUUACCUUAAAGUGUCAAAAGUCGCCCAAGAUUUUCGCACAAUAAGGCGGUUACAACGCGUCUUUCAAAGUCGGGAGUCCAACUUCAAACAUGAUUGGAAGAUUUUGGGGGGAUAAUCUGUUGUUCAAAACAAGUCCCAAGCUAUAACAGCAUGCUUCAUGUUGAAUUCCAGUUAAAUAACUGGAAGUAGAUUCAAAUUGUAAUGGCGUUUUCCUGUAUCUAUAAUCAAUAUUAUAAAAAUCGCAGCUAUCUUAGGUAUUAAAAUAUAAUAAAACGGUGUGAGCUCUGGAGAA